CAAUUGGAGUCAAGGUCAAUGUAUUUUAUUCUUACUGCAACUACCAUUUAUUAGUAUUUCGCGCUAGCUUUUCUGGUUAGUUUCUCCAGCUCCUGAAGGCCAUCACUGUGGGCAGACUGCUUCUCUUCACAGUUCUGACCAUCAGGAUGCUUUCAACAGUGGCUAGCGCUUUGAUUCUUGCGGAGAGGAGGAGGCUUGUACAAGUUAUUCCAGGGUGGUUUAUCCAAUUCUUGAACGAAUGGGAAUUAAAGGUACUAAUUCUCUUAAGCCUGACAUUACAGAUUUUACUCAGCACAUUGGGCAACCGGAGGAAGUAUAUAUGCAAAAUUUGGAUCAGAAUCACACUUUUUUGUGCUUACUUGUUGGCGGAUUGGGUCGCAAUCGUUUCUCUUGGCAUCAUUGCAAAAAGCACUCUGGAUGAUUGCCACAAAGGGAGAAAUGUUGAUAACCCUUUGGAUCAAUUGAUGUGGUUCUGGGCUCAAUUCUUUCUGCUGCACUUGGGUGGCCCUGAUACCAUCACAGCGUAUUCUCUUGAAGAUAAUGAACUUUGGCUAAGGCAUUUGGUGGCCUUGGUGAUUCAAACUGGACUUGCUUUCUAUAUUUUGCUUGUUGCUUUGCCAGGUUCUUCUUUGCUUCCUAAGCUGAGCAUAUUCAUUUUUGUAGCCGGUCUAAUCAAGUAUGGAGAGCGUUUGCUUGCGCUUUUUGCAUCUAACAGUGAGAAUUUUAGGGACUCUAUGGUAACGGAGCCUGAUCCAGGUCCAAAUUAUGCCAAGUUCAUGGAAGAAUUCACUUUGAAGAAGGCUGAGGGCUUUUAUGUUGAAGCAGCUGAGGUUAUAGAAAUCCCAGUUCCAGCUCAGCCUUCUUUUCCUAAUGAUAAUGGGAAACUAAUACCUGAAGCAUAUGAGCUGUUUUUGAAAUUCAAGUGCCUCUUUGCUGAUGCAAUCUUAAGUUUUCAAGAUCGAGACAGCAGCCAGCAGUACUUCCAGAAUCUCUCACCAGAAGAAGCUUUUGAUGUUGUUGAAGUCGAACUUGGAUUCAUGUUUGAUGAGCUUUACACAAAAGCACCUGUCAUGCAUAAAGCUAGGGGGAUUGUCUUCCGAACGACCACUUUCUCUGCAACAUUGAUUGCCUUUUUGGCUUUUGUUUUCCUUGUUGAGAAGAAAGCGUACAUGAAGUGUGACUUGAUGAUUACAUUCAUGUUGCUGGGAGUAGCUAUUUUCCUCGAAAUAUAUGCUGUUUGGGUUUUAAUAAACUCAGAUUGGACUCAUAAUUGGCUGAGCAGACGCCAUAGGGCAACUUAUUCAUCAUUGAUCAUUCAGUGGUUUCAACGGUCUAAUAAAAGGAGGUGGUCCAAAAAAAUGGCUCAACACAGUUUGCUGGAUCUUUGUGUUAGGGGCAAAUCUGCAGUACGUUUAAGACAUCAAAAUUUUCUUUGGAAAAUCCGAAAGCUAUCCUGGAUAGAUAAUUACCUAGAAAAGCACUGGUAUAAGACCUUGGUUGAUGUAUCUCCGGCGCUGAAAGAUCUUAUUUUCACUGAAUUGGCUAGAAUCAAUAAGCUCGAUCCCACAGCUUUGUGGAACCGGAGAGGAAGUUUUACUCUGGAAAACUAUGGUAAUCUCCAUCUUGAUUGGACUCAAGAGGUAGAGUUUGACCAGAGAAUACUUCUCUGGCACAUUGCUACAGAUAUUUGUUAUUCCAAGGAAUGGGGUGAUGAUGAAGAACCCAAUUGCACUGAAAGGAAGCAAAUGUCAGACCACAGCAAGCACAUAUCAGACUACAUGUUGUAUCUUCUCAUAGCGUGCCCAUUUAUGCUGCCAAUUGGGAUUGGGAUGAUCAGGUUCCGGGAUACAUGUGCUGAAGCCAAAGAGUUUCUUGAAGAAAGGAACGUGAGAUCUUGCAAAACCACAGCAUGCAAGAAGUUGCUCCAGGUGAACACUGAAGUCCCACCAACUAAAGUGAAGGGUGACAGGAGCAAAUCUGUGUUGUUUGAUGCUUGUAGGAUGGCCAAGUUUUUGCUAGCAAGAAAGGAAGACAGAUGGGAAAUUAUAAGUAAACUCUGGGUGGAGAUGUUAGCACACGCCGCCAGUCAUUGUGGAUGGAGACACCAUGCUCGUCAGCUUCGAAAGGGUGGAGAGCUCCUCACCCACGUUUGGCUUCUCAUGGCACACUUAGGCAUCACAGAGCAGUUCCAGAUAUCUCAAGGUCAUGCUAGAGCAAAGCUUAUAGUCAAAUAGCUUCGCAUAACUUUUUCUUGGGACAUAGAAACUUCAAAUUUUGAUCAUGAAAAUCACUUCAAUCUUUUUACCAUGUAGUAAUAAUUUGUAUUCCUAAAUUUCCAUGCUAGAGGAGAGUUGCAAUGUUGUAAAUGGUGCUGUUCUCAAGAAAUUCUCUCUUCCUUCCAUUGUGUAAACAAAAUCUCCAUAUUCACAGUGGAAUAAGAUUUGGCUCUAAUAUUUCCAGCGGUA